UGAAAACUGGGAGACUGGGUGUCUCUUUAGUGACUGGAAAAUAUAAGAGACUUAAGAUUGUGACAGUAGCCUCUUUUGCCUGCAGUUACUCAUCAGUUCUGAGAAAGUUGUGCUUAAGCCUAUUCUCUCGGCAUGAAGGAGCAAAGUCAUUUCAGCAGAAAAGCUAUUGCAGCCUGGUGCUUGGUGUUUAUGGUGCUCAUCCAACAGGUAACUUCCAGCCCUGUUCCAGAGAUGAAAGCCGCAUCAGGCUCUGUGCAGGGAGUUCAGAGGUCACUCAGGAGAAUGGCCCGUAUGACGCCCCUUUGGAGAAUCAUGGGUACUAAACCCCAUGGGGCAUACUGCCAGAAUAACUAUGAGUGUUCCACAGGAAUAUGCAGGAAAGGACACUGCUCCUUUAGCCAGCCUAUAAAUUCCUAAGAGUGGAAUGGCUUAUACGUUCUCCAGCCCACAUGUCACUGACUGUCCAGAACACUGCAAUUAAAGGAAUUGUACAAAAAGGUGGUGAAAGAAAAUGUAAUGUGCAAUUUAAUGUCAGAAAUUUAUGUCGAUAGAAAGUAAAAGUAGUUUUUAGAUGGGCAAAUAACUUGCUUAACUUAAUCACACAAGUUCAUAUAUGCAAAAGUUCACAGUACAAGUAAACUUUUUUCCGUUUAACAACAUAAACCUCAUAACCUGCAAUAUAAUACAUAUUUUUAUAUUAUUAUUAUUAUUAUUUGUAUUUAAUAUUCAGUUUUAUCAUAUACUGUUCAUAUGUCAGAUUUUGGCUGGUGCUAGUGAUGUGGUAAUGGAUAAAAUACAAAUAGAGUUGGCUAACACAACCAGCCUUGAGCGAGGGUGUUUCUAUAAGAACGAAUGUUGCUAUUAGAUAACUUAAUGCCUGAAUGCUGCACAAGUAGAUCUAGCAGCAAUUUGCACGUACAGCCUGGGCAGACUUUCAACCCGAGUGUCAUUGACCUACAGAUAACCUUCAGUAGAAAGUGAGAGAAAGUGUGAUCAACAGUGCAAAGAUUAAAGACCUUAGUUGAAUGAAUGAAGAGAAUGAUAUUGCAGUUACACAGAUUACUUUUCAGUUUUCUGGUGUGCUAAAGUUUUAUUGCUUUUUAUGUGAAAAAUAUUUUCUGCCUUUUUUUAUAAGUGCUGAUAGAGAGCUGACUUUUCUCAUACUACUCACAUAAUCCUUUUAGAAUAAUUAACAUUCUUUUGUUGGAUAAUCUAUUUAUUAUAUUUGAUUCUUUUAUAUGCUUCAGUGUGCUUGUUUGUAUGCUUUUGAAUGACCUAAAAUAUAUUUCUUAAACUGUCACCUUGUAUGUGUAAUGAAAAGUGUUUUUUUGCUUUUAUGUAUGCUACUCAUAAUGUUUAAAUGAAACAAUAUUAACUAAUUAAAAAUUUUUAUUACCACACAUAUGUAGCUGGAAUGUCUUAUAUUACCAAUACAAGGCUUUGAAAAUUAAGUAAAAUGAGUGAUUACAAUACACACACAGAAAAGCGUCUCAAAAAGCAAACGUUGCAGCAGAAGACCACAUCAGGCUCCACUUCUGUCAGCCAAGAACAAAAUGACUAGACUGCAGUCGGCAGAGUGGGCACAAGUGUACUGGACAAACCUAGCAUUGUCUGAUGAAGACACACAGAUGGUAGUCAGAAUUUGGUGGUAACAGCAUGAAUCAAUGAAUUCAGCAUGUCUUGUGUCACGAGUGCAGCUAAAUAAUCUGCAGAAAUUCCAUCAUGUCAAUAUGGACCAAUGUCUUAAUGGAUUCCAUGUCAUUAAGAAUCGUGGCUGUUUGGAAGGCAGGGGAGGCCGACAUCAGUAUUAAUAUAG